AUGGCGGGGCAGCCAGUGGAGAUUCCCGGCGAAUUUCCCGUGACUGUCACAGCCUCGACGAAGCGAAAAACGGUUUGCGUGGGGUACACUGGGGCCAAAGCUGGCGUUUCCUGCACACAAUUCACAGUAGCAGGUCUACAGAGGAUGGAAGAAGUACUUCAGCUCAAUCUUAACCAAACCACACCUCCUGUGGGGCCAACAAAUACAGUCGCACAAGUUUUCUUUGCUGCAAACGACACACGGCUAAUCACAACCGUGAAAGGGGACCCAACUUCUGGCAAAACAGGGUUUGUUUCUGUUCUGCCAUUCAAAGAUUCGUCUUCGUCGGUAUUUGAAAGCCAUGACAUUCGAAGCUCGCCACCUGGUACGACAGUGCUAUUUGGUGGUGUGGAGAUUCCCGGCACGUCAGACCUGUUCAUCACGGACGCGUCUUUCGGAGCCGCUGUCCUAAGUCUAAAUGAUGAUACCAAUGAAAUCUCUCUUAAGCAGAAGAUAACCAUUGAAAAUCAGAAAGCUACUUGUUGGGCUGCUUAUUCUCGGGCACGAGACAGCGUCUUUGUAACCGAUGCAGCGUUCAACAGACUGGUCGAAGUCAGCAAUGAUGGUUCGAAGAUCUUGACAACUGUGGAACUGAAGAAUGGCGACCCUGGUCUCAUCGAUCUCAAAAUUAACGACCGCUUUGUCUACGCCCUUUCCCCCGGAAAUGAUACUACUGUCGCUGCAAUCACGGUGUUUGACUCUUUCCAGGGCUGGCAGAUCCAACAUUUUGAGCUGGACAACUUGGGCGCGGGUCAGCGGUCGCAAGGUUUAGCAGUUUCCUGA